UGUUGGGGACAUUGCUCUUGCUGCUAUGGAGAGAAGAGAAAGCACUGUGAAGGAACAACCGCUUCAGAACCCCGUGAAGCCUCUCUGGGAUGUGCCUGUGUGAGAGCUGCAGCUGUAGGGACGGUUACCACCUCUAUAUUGGCAUCACCCCAAGCCCCAGCUCCUCCUCAGCACGUUGUGAAGUGCUUUCCCAGCGCAAACCACCCAGCAACACAGGACUGCCUUACACUCGUUGCUGAACAGGUUCCUUCAGAUACUGUGUAAAACAUCUGAGGCUCUGCUACAAGAUCUCUUCCUUUCAAUUUUCUUUUUUAAUCUCUAACUAAAAGUGCCAGCAUAGAGCCUGCUGAUCAUAUACUUACAGCUAUUGAGUCUCCUUGUUCUGCAUGCUAUUUGUUCCUUCCAAAGUAUGUAGACAACAGCUGGUGCUACCCAGAAAAAAUACUUGAAGACACCCAUAAGGACAAAGGAUGGCUAUUCUAGAGUUGUCCCUUAAUUCCUUAAAGGAACAUCCCUGGAGACACUCUGAUGUCAGUAGAAGUCUCUCACAUUCAGAAAGGAUCUCUGUUUGCUGAAGACCAGCAAAUGUGAGGUGAUUUGAAAGAACUCAGCGAUCUAGAGGAAUUGAGACAUUCAUUCCAAACAGCUAUGGACAAACUAGUGAAAGAUAUUGAGCUUACAUUACAGGAAACCCAGAAUAAUGGUAACAAGAGGCACAAGAAGCAGCAACAAGUGAACAUGCAGGGUGCCAUGAGAGACAUACCAACAUCAUAUUUCAUCUCAGACAAUACAACUGAGAACAUGGAUGCUAGGAGUCAUAUGGCACACUUGGAUGUGAUGGGAAGAGCAAGUACUUUGCAGUCUGAAGUGUCCACCAGUGUGGAAGAACAGAAAGAACUUUGCUACAUGCAGGUCACUGCUGCUGACAUUGAACUUCAGAGGAUGUGGUGCAAUUUUAUGCUGGCUGAACAGAAAUAUGAACAUGAGGAUAGUGACAAACAAAGGCUUCAUGAAGAGAGAAUGGCCCGGAUUCAUCAACAGUUUAAACAAGGACUCCAAGACCGGCUCCUGCCUCCAAACCAAAGUGUUUUGUUUUUCUUAUACUGCUUCACCUUUAUAUUUAUUAUUUACAUAGUAAAAGACCUGGUCUUUUACUUUUUCCAAAACCAUCACCAGUUCUCUUUUGCUAUUGUGCUCUUUCUCAUUCUCAAAGGGAUUUUCCAGGAUUAAAAAUCUAGGACAAAUGUGCUCUUAAAAGAGAUAGAAUAUUGUUCAUUUUUCUGCCCCUGAUCUUACUGUUUUUUUGUUAUCCACACCAACAAAUAGUUACACAAAACUAACUGACUUCCUGAAGAAAACUGGAAAUGGAUGACAUGAUUUGACAUCACAUUGUCUUUACAAAUAAAAUAAGAAGUCUCCUUUGAACAUGUUUUAUUUUUUUUCCUCUCCUCCUUGGAUUAACAGAGUGGCUUGGGCUUAUCCAUCUACCUGUAUAUGUAUUUUUGUGCAGAAGUUUCAGAGCUAAUUCAUUAGUUGUGGAAAAGUACUCAGGAUAACUUAAUAUUGCUAUAAGUUCAUUGCUAUCUCUGCUUCUGGGAUAGACAUGUUCCCCUCUGUGCCGUGGCACUCUCUAUACUUACACACAGCUUCAAUCAGCAAUAAACCAGCAAGUACUGGCAAACGC